AGGAAGGCGGUGCCUACCUAGUCCUACCAACCAAUCCUGGAACAACAGGCACAAAGACCAGGGGCUGGAGACGGUGUCCAGUGAAGGGAUCAAACAUGGCUGAAACUUACAAGCCAGACUAGAAACUUGAGUUGGGAUUAGCUAAGAGAGAUUCUGAAUAUUUAUUGACUGUCAUACCCUUAUCUAAUUUAUUAUGAGAUGUUAAUUAAUUACAUUAUUAUGUAAUUAGCUUGUUAAUUCAUUGAAAGAACUUAUACGAGAAGACCUGAUUGUGACAUUCACCAAUCCAAUAGCAUCUCGAUUUACUCACGUCACACCCAUGCCAUUUGGCGUGUCGCUAAACUAAGUCUUUCAUCAAGUCACCAAGUACUUUAUUAACUCAACUCUUAAGAAACUUCUUGUCCAACUCAAUUCAAUGUCAUUUUGAAAUGAGAACCAUUAGAUUGGCACUGCUACGCCUCACAAUGACACGGGCAUUAAGUAGAUAAUCAACACUAGUCACUAUCUUCUAAACUACAGAAUUCAAUCUUCACAUUCAAAUCUUCAACAAAAAGAAAUUCAAUGUAAAAAAGACAAAAAAACAACAACAACAACAAACUUGAGACAUAAAACGCGUGGAAAUAUUAACGGUCACGAAAAGAUCAAACAUUUGAAUGUGGCCAGAUUUUUUGUUUCUUCCCCAGUUGAAAACUUCCUGUUGGGGCCAAGCAAACGGACUUCAAUUAGCGUGACAGGGUGGCAGUUUACUUUAACAGAACACAAUAUUUCCAUUACAUCCAAAUUACUGCCACACAUAACCUUGUCAGGGACGUCCAUUUGACCUUGUCAAUAGAAGUUCGGAAGUUGUUGCACAGACACACCCCCAGGUUUUAUGGUCCUUGAAGAUCACAACGUUUCCCAGCGCUGUCAAAGGUCAAAGGGUUGCUGUAAUUUCCGGUCUCUGAUUGUCAUAACGAUAUCGACCUGACAAGUGGAACACGUUUUGUUCCGAUAUAUUAACACGUAGAUUCAUUUUGAACUUCCCAACUGAAGCUAUACCCAACCAUUGCAUUAAGAACGUCUAAACACUGACAUCAUUUACAGUCUUUAUUUACUUAGAGCAGUCGGCCAUGUCUUCUAGAGUCCUUUCCAAAUGUGGCGACUACAUGUCCAUAAAAUGGCAAAGAUUUCAGGACAAAAUACGAGAUCCAAAGUCACAACGUCGUCUAGUCCUGGUCAUCGUGUGUAUAGCUCUGUUGCUGGACAAUAUGUUAUACAUGGUCAUAGUCCCCAUCAUUCCCAACUUUCUGACCAAAGACAAAAAACAAGACGAGCCAACGUACUUGUACAGAUAUUACAAUGUGACUCAGUCUUCCAACCCUCCCAUGGGCGUGACACACAGUUAUGUUAUGGCGCAUAAAUUAGACGCCAACGGUGAGUUUGAGGAAGGCGCCUAUGUCAAUGUUCCAGAACAGGCGAUCCUUGCCACCAACACGUCAAUACAUUCGGAGAAACACGACAACAGAAUUUUCUUAUUACGGAUACCUGUGCCCCCUCCGCCGAUAUCUUAUGGUGAUGAAGGUAUGGCUAUAGGUAUACUAUUUGCAUCGAAAGCUAUAGUACAACUGUUUGUGAAUCCUUUCACUGGAGGACUUAUAGACAGAAUAGGUUACGAUAUACCAAUGAUGAUCGGUUUGACUAUUAUGUUUUUCUCCACGUCUGUGUUUGCGUUCGGAGAAAGUUACGCAGUUUUGUUUCUAGCACGAAGUCUUCAAGGACUUGGUUCUGCCUUUGCUGACACGUCUGGCUUGGCGAUGAUUGCCGAUCGGUUUACGGAGGAAGCCGAAAGAACAAAAUCAUUAGGUAUUGCUUUAGCAUUUAUCUCAUUCGGCUGUCUGUUUGCGCCACCAUUCGGAGGAAUACUGUAUGAGUUCACCGGUAAGACGGCGCCAUUCCUUAUACUUGCGUUGGUAUGUUUGAUUGAUGGAAUUCUCAUGGUUCUAGUCAUGAAGCCGGUGAGACUGGAACGAUCAAUGUUGACAAGAGAAGAACGACCUAAAGGAACACCGAUCUACAGGUUGCUGCUGGACCCUUACAUUGCAAUCUGUGCAGGAGCUCUGGCCAUGUCCAACGUAUCUCUCGCCUUUCUGGAGCCCACCAUUUCACUUUGGAUGAAAGUCACCAUGGGAGCAGAUGAAUGGCAAAUUGGAUUUUGCUGGCUUCCGUCCUUUGUGACCCAUGUCUUAGGAGUCUAUCUUACGGUAAAACUGGCCAAAAAAUUCCCACAGUAUCAAUGGCUCAUGGCUCUCAUUGGUCUCUCCAUGGAAGGAAUUUUCUGCUUCUUCGUUCCUUUCUCCACAGCUUACUUUGCAGUAAUAUUUCCCAUAAUGGGAAUCUGCUUUGGUAUUGCGUUAGUUGACACGGCUCUCCUGCCCACACUCGGUUACCUUGUUGAUGUCAGAUAUGUCAGUGUGUAUGGGAGUGUCUACGCCAUAGCUGACAUCUCCUAUUCUCUUGCAUAUGCUAUAGGCCCCAUCGUGGCUGGAAGCAUCGUAUCUAGUAUCGGCUUCAUGUGGCUGAAUGUGCUGAUAUUUCUCAGCAAUGUUCUCUACGCUCCACUUCUGUUCUUCCUACGAAACAUCUACAUGUACAAACCGUUUGACAAUGAUGACGAGGUCCUGAUUGACGACCCUCCACCCAAAGGCUACAACACAUACGUUCAAAAUGGAGGUCUCACCGGAAAGCUACAUCCGUUGGACAGUGGCGACAACUUUGCCAACCAUUUGAAGAUAAGUAACAGGAAGAGCAACGAAAUUGACUGUUACCCGCCCCCCACUGAGCCCGAGUACGUCUACAACAAAGAUUCGCCUUACAACUUCUACAAUAACCAUUGAUAUUGUUUGGAGCAUGGACUUUGUUUACUGUUCGGAGCAUGGACUUUGUUUACUGUUCGGAGCAUGGACUUUGUUUACUGUUCGGAGCAUGGACUUUGUUUACUGUUCGGAGCAUGGACUUUGUUUACUGUUCGGAGCAUGGACUUUGUUUACUGUUCGGAGCAUGGACUUUGUUUACUGUUCGGAGCAUGGACUUUGUUUACUGUUCGGAGCAUGGACUUUGUUUACUGCUGUGACUCGCUGACUUGGUUGAAUGCGUGUAAGAUGUUUCAAGCUUUGGUUCUCCUAACACCGUGUGAUGAGUGGAGUAUGUUCUAGUCCUUUAAAACAACCUAUUAACACAGAGAGAGAGAGAGAAAGCGAGUUUAUUUACUAUGUCACGUGACGUCUCUGAAGACAUUGAGUUUGUCUUCUAGUUUUUCUAGCUUCAGAAGAUUUAGCCAGAACUUAUUUUAUGUAGCUUCAGGUAGAGCAUAUAGUGGACGCUUUCUGGACAUUUCUGUUGUAUUUUGACGACUUGAUACAUUUCAUAUCUUCUCUGUGUGAUACUUUUGUGAUAGACUACUAGAUCAUUUCUAUUUGCUAUUCUAUUCAUUCAUCCAUUUUUCUGAUGUUUUUUUGUCAAUAAAAUUGUUUGAAUUAUU